CCCUGGGUGUGUGACGCAGGGUACGGCUGUGCGGGCACCACGUCGGUGGGCUACGGUUUGGUGACGCGGGAGCUGGAGCGGGUGGACAGCAGCUACCGCUCCGUGCUCAGCGUGCAGUCCUCCCUCGUCAUGUACCCCCUGUGGGCCUACGGGACCCCCGCCCAGCGCGAACGCUUCCUGCCGCGCCUCGCUCGGGGGGAGAUUGUGGGGUGCUUCGGGCUGACGGAGCCCAACCACGGGAGCGACCCGGGGCGGAUGGAGACGCGGGCACGGCACAACCCCAGCUCCGGCACCUACACCCUGCGCGGCUCCAAGACCUGGAUCACCAAUUCGCCCAUAGCCGACCUGUGCGUGGUGUGGGCCAAGUGCGAGGAGGACGGGCGGGUCCGGGGUUUCCUGGUGGAGCGCGGGACCCCCGGGCUCAGCACCCCCAAAAUCGAGGGCAAGUUCUCCCUGCGAGCCUCGACCACCGGGAUGAUCCUCCUGGAUGACGUGGAGGUGCCCGAGGAGAACCUGCUGCCCAACGCCGAGGGCCUGGCGGCGCGGUACGGCAUCGCCUGGGGCGCGCUGGGCGCCGCCGAGGCUUGUCUGGAGACGGCGCGGCAAUACGUGCUCGACAGGAAGCAGUUUGGGGGCCCGCUGGCCCGGAACCAGCUGGUGCAGAAGAAGCUGGCGGACAUGGUGACGGAGAUCACGCUGGGGCUGCACGCCUGCCUGCGCCUCGGCCGCCUCAAGGACGAGGGCAGGGCUGCCCCCGAGAUGGUGUCGAUGCUGAAGCGGAACUCGUGCGGGAAGGCGCUGAGCAUCGCCAGGGACGCGCGGGAUAUGCUGGGGGGAAACGGGAUCUGCGACGAGUUCCACGUCAUCCGGCACCUCAUGAACCUCGAGGCCGUCAACACCUACGAGGGCACCCACGACAUCCACGCGCUGAUCCUGGGCCGCGCCAUCACCGGCGUCCAGGCCUUCGCCCCGGCCAAGGGGACGUAGAGGGGACACGGCAGCGGGGACACGGCAGUGGGGACACGGUGGCACUGUUGGGGACAGGGUCUGCUCCUCGUGGGAAGGGAUGUGAGGAGAUGGUGGCACUGACAGGACUCGGUGUCACCAACCGGACCCGGGUGUCCCCAGAAGGGAUCCGGUGUCACUGACGGGACUUUGUGUCACCGGCCAAACCUCACGUCACCAAUGGGACUCAGGGUCACCCCAAGCCAGUGUCACUGGUGGGACCCGGUGUCACCAACCAAACCUCCUGUCACCAACUCGGUGACACUCAGGGGAUGCCAUUGGUGCUGGGCCUCGUGUCCGGUGCCAUCCCGGUGCCUUCGCCAUCCCCGUGGCCAAUAAACGGUGGGACACCCCCUCCAUGCCAGC